AUGGCGACACGCUCUAGGUUGAAAUGUAAGGUUCUUUUUUUUGUUCCUGGUGUGUUCUUUCAGGGUGCUUUCGGAGCUCUGCAAAAGAUCUGCGAGGACUCUGCUGAGAUCCUAGACAGUGACAUGUUGGACCGCCCACUCAAUGUGAUGAUCCCAAAAUUCUUGCAGUUCUUUAAGCACAGUAGCCCCAAGAUCAGGUCACAUGCAAUUGCCUGUGUGAACCAGUUCAUCAUCAGCAGAACACAGGCCUUAAUGCUGCACAUAGAUCCUUUUAUUGAGAACCUGUUUGCAUUGGCAGGCGAUGAGGAGCCUGAAGUGAGGAAGAACGUGUGCAGAGCUUUAGUCAUGCUUUUAGAAGUUCGACUUGACCGUCUGCUUCCUCACAUGCACAACAUAAUUGAGUACAUGUUACAAAGGACGCAGGACCAGGAUGAAAAUGUCGCUCUGGAGGCUUGUGAGUUCUGGCUCACACUUGCUGAGCAACCGGUGUGUAAAGAGGUUCUGUGUGGACACCUGCCUAAGUUGAUACCAGUGCUUGUCAAUGGAAUGAAAUACUCUGAGAUUGACAUAAUCCUUCUAAAGGGUGAUGUUGAAGAAGAUGAAGCAAUCCCAGACAAUGAGCAGGACAUUCGCCCGAGGUUCCAUCGCUCGCGCACUGUUGCCCAGCAACAUGAGGGUGGAGACUCCAUUGAAGAAGAGGAGGAGGAUGACGAUGAUUUAGAUGAUGAUGAAACCAUCUCUGACUGGAAUCUAAGAAAAUGUUCCGCAGCUGCACUGGAUGUCCUGGCAAAUGUUUUCAGGGAUGAUUUGUUGUUGCAUAUUCUUCCUCUGCUGAAAGAACUGUUGUUCCAUCCAGAGUGGCUUGUUAAAGAGUCGGGCAUACUAGUGCUUGGAGCAGUUGCUGAAGGCUGUAUGCAGGGAAUGAUUCCCUACCUGCCAGAGUUGAUUCCUCAUUUGGUACUCUGUCUCUCUGAUAAGAAGGCUCUGGUUCGAUCCAUCACCUGCUGGACUCUGAGUCGGUACACGCACUGGGUGGUUAGCCAGCCUCCGGACACCUACCUCAAACCUCUCAUGACUGAACUGCUCAAGCGCAUUCUGGACAGCAACAAGCGUGUCCAAGAGGCCGCCUGCAGUGCCUUUGCAACCCUGGAGGAGGAGGCGUGCACUGAGCUGGUGCCGUAUCUCGCUUACAUUUUGGACACGUUAGUGUUUGCUUUCGGUAAAUACCAGCACAAGAACCUGCUCAUCCUCUACGAUGCCAUUGGGACUCUGGCUGACUCUGUGGGCCAUCAUCUCAAUAAACCAGAAUAUAUUCAGAUGCUGAUGCCUCCAUUGAUUCAGAAGUGGAAUCAGCUAAAAGACGAAGACAAAGACCUCUUUCCCUUACUAGAGGUAAAUAAGUGAAAGUGUAUCUUAAAGGGGUUGUAUGACACGGCUAAAACGAAUAUUGUCCUUUGUUUUAGAUGUAAUGCAAUGUGUAUACAAGAUUUAAGUUUCAAAAACGCUGUAUUUUCCACAUACCGUGCAUGUUUGUAUCUCCUCUUUGCCCCGCCUCUCUGAAACGUGCAGAUUUUUAACAAAGCUCAUGGCUCUGAAAAGCGAGGUGUGCUAUGAUUGGCCAGUUAACCAGUGCAUAGUGAUUGGUCGAAUACUGCAAGCGUGUGACGGAAGUGUAACGCCUCUUAC